ACUGCAGCCUGUCAGACACACCCUGCUGCCUUCCUAUUGGCUGGUGGACACACCUCCCUCCCCUUCCUCAUUAGUAUUCAGACAGUGCUGCUUGAAAGAAGGGCAGAGAGAGAGAGAGAAAGAGAGAGAGAGAGAGAGAGAGAGAGGGAGUGACAGAGAGAGAUUUACAUGUAGGUAGAAGAAGGCGCGUACAGCAAGACGAGGGGAAAGGAAGAGGGAAAGGAGAAGAAAGGGGAGUGAGAGAGAGAGAGAGAGAGAGAGAGAGAGAGAGAGAGAGAGAGAGAGAGAGAGAGCAAGGGCUGCAUUCUGCCAGGAGGAAGCUGAAGGAAGCAGGUGUAUCUGCAGAGACAGACAGAGAGAGAUCUGCCCCGGAUCCCCUCCUUUCCCCCCACAUAAAGACGCAGCUCUUUCCGCCUCCCCGAACGGAGGGGACCCACGGAAACACACCCUAAAGCCUCCGCAGCCUCCGUGUGUUUGAGAAGAGAGAGAAGGGGCGUGUGAAGGGGGUGUGUGGCGCCCCGGUGGGUGCAGGCGUGUGAGCAUGUGCGUGUGAGCGUGUAUCUCGUUGCGGCGGUUGGUGAAGCAGGGCCCGGUAUAUGGAUAGGAGCUCACUGUUUCAGCUCAUUCAGGAGCAGCUGGACCCCGAGCAGACUGGUUUCAUUGCGGUGGAGAACUUCACCAGUCUGGCGGAGCAGCAUGAGCUGCAGCUGGACCCCAACAAGCUGGACAUGCUGCUGGCCCUGGUUCAGAGCGAUCAGCACGGCCAUGUCUGCUACCAGGAGCUUAUCGAGCUGCUAAGCAGUAAGCGUUCCAGUAGUUUCCGGCGCGCCAUUGCUAAUGGCCGGCGCACUCUGCAACGCGAGAUCCUAUUGGACGAGACGGGCCUCGGCGUGUACAAGCGCUUUGUGCGCUACGUGGCGUACGAGAUCCUGCCGUGUGAGACAGACAGACGCUGGUACUUUCAUCAGAACAGACUCUGUCCUCCGCCUGUCUUUAUGGCCAUCGUUACCAUAGUGCAGAUUGUGGUGUUUAUGUGUUAUGGGGUGAGGCUCAACAAGUGGGUUCUGCAGACAUAUCAGCCAGACUUCAUGAAGAGCCCACUGGUGUAUCAUCCAGGACAUCGAGCCCAAGUCUGGAGAUUUUUCAGCUACAUGUUCAUGCAUGUUGGGUUGGAGCAGCUUGGCUUCAAUGCGCUCCUCCAGUUGAUGAUCGGCGUUCCUCUGGAGAUGGUGCAUGGAAUUCUGAGAAUCAGCCUCCUCUAUAUGGCAGGAGUGGUGGCAGGUUCUCUCACCGUCUCCAUCACUGACAUGCGUGCUCCAGUGGUCGGUGGCUCUGGAGGAGUCUACGCACUCUGCUCUGCCCAUCUCGCCAACGUCGUCAUGAACUGGGCUGGAAUGAAGUGUCCAUAUAAGUUACUGCGGAUGAUCCUGGCGCUGGUUUGCAUGAGCUCAGAGGUGGGCCGAGCCGUGUGGUUGCGCUUCUCGCCGCCGUUGUCCUCGUCGGGGCCGCAGCCGAGUUUCAUGGCCCACUUGUCGGGUGCCGUGGUGGGAAUUAGCAUGGGCCUGCUUAUCCUGCGCAGCUAUGAGGAGUCGCUGCACAAGCAGUGCUCAUGGUGGGUCCUCGUCUUCUCCUUCGUCACCUUUCUACUCUUCGCCAUCUUCUGGAAUAUCUUCGCCUACGAGCUGUUAGGAGUCCAGAUUCCGUCUCCGCCCUGAUGACACGCCCCCGUGGCUGUUUCCUCACUCUGGCUGCGGAGAGCCACGCGUGCAACCUUCAGAAACUGGAUUUCUUGAUGGCCUCACUCCCCUUUUUUUGGUUACAUCUCCACCCCCUUUUGACCAACAAUAAGCAGACAGACGGUCCAAACCGGAAGAUUGGAAAUUCUUACACUGAUUUUCUUUCAGGAUUUUUUCUUAACGUCUUACUACUCAGACUCUUUAUUUAUACGCUCCCGCUCGGCCACGUCUCAAGCCGGGAGGGGAAGAUACGAACGGACUUAAUCACUUCGGUUUAUUUUUUUGCUCAGUUUUCAUCACCAGGCAUUUAAAUCUGUCUUAUGUUAUGUUUUUGUCAGUGGUUUUCAGUUGUAUUAUUUCAAAAUGGUGCGUUAUUACUUUUAUCGCUGUUACACUGUCUGUUGAUCAGCGUCUUUGGGAAGCUGAAAGGAAAUACAGUUUCAAAAAGUUUCUGAUCCCACCUACACACACACACACACACACACACACACACACACACACACACACACACACACACACACAC